AUGGCUGACGCACCUGUUGCUAUUCCCCCGGACGUUUUGGAAGCCGCUAGGCCGGCUGCGGCCGCCGCUCCCGAAGCUCCUUUUGCUGGCGAUAAUCGUGCGCCAACCGCUGAAGAGGUAAGCUGGUUUCUUUCGUUUCUUAGCGUUGUUCCUGCUCCCUCCGUAGUUCGGUUAUUUUUCGUAGAGCUGUAGUUUAGUCGAGGUUGUUUUGGUUUGUCUCUUAAAUGUUUCUCGCUCUGCAAUCUUCGGCGUGUGUCGCCCCUCGGGUUAGCUUCAAGUUCAUAACAUGUUUUGGUCUGCAAGACAGCUCUCUAAGCGUGUGUCGCCUUUUGAGUUAGCUUUCAGCUAGGGCGUGUGUCGCCUUCAGGUUAGUUUUCAUGGAGUGUGUCGCCCUGAAGUUAGUUCCAUGGCGUAUGUCGCCUUUUCAAGUUGGUUUCAUGGCCUGUGUCGCCCUCAGGUUAGUUUUCACGGCGUUUUGUCAAGUUUGUUUUACGGCGUGUAGUCUGAAAUUUAUUUUCAUGGCGUAUGUCGCCUUAUUUCUUACGGCGUGUGUCGCCUCUCAAAUUAGUUUCAUGGCAUGUGUCGCCCUCAAGUUAGUUUUCGCGGCGUUUUGUACUAAAGUUCGUUUUCAAGGCGUGUAGUCUAAGAUUUAUUUUCUUGGCGUACGUCGCCUUGGUUCUAAUGGCGUGUGUCGCUUUUCAAGUUGCUUCUCACGGUAUGUGUCAUCUUCAAACAAUUUAGUUUUCUUGGCGUAUCCCGUUUUUAAGUCAGUUUUCGUGGCGUGUGUCGGCCUGCCUGUUAGUUCUGUCGUUAUCUUUAGUUUUUUCAUGUUUGCUCUGUGUCGUCGGUCGCCGUCUUACGCCGGUCUUAUUUUUAAAGUGUGGCCGUUUUAGGUUAGUGUUCAUGGAGAGUUGCUUUUAUGGGUUUCUUCGCUGUUAGCGUGUCAUCCUGUUCCUUUUUCUGUUUAUAUCUCAUUUUCAUACUCCAUGGAGCGUGUUUUUUCUGCAUCCCUCCUAUAUAAUGUUCUGGAACCUACCGCUUUGAACGUUUGUUUACGCUCGUAUUUUAUCUCUCUCAACGGGUUACAGUCAGAGAGAUUUUCCUCUCUGUUUUUCUUCGUUUAUCUUUGUAUUGUGGUACGCUUUGCUCUUAAGCAUGUUAAGGCAUGGCUCAAUUUUUGGUCUCGACCCCCCGCGAAGAUAAACUUGUUUUUCUUCUACGACCACGCAUUUUAGUUCUACAAGUUGCAAAAAACUUUCGGGAAACCUUCUUUCGAGGCGUUAAAGUGAUGUGGUCACGUUAACGUGACGUGAUGAUGAUAUUCAAAAGAAUUUCAAAAUGGAGUAGGAAUGGUUGAUUACAACUAAGUUUAAACCAUGUGUAAAUGUUUGUUUUACCGUACGAAUUUUUUCCGCGGCCGGAACGGGAGAAUUUUAAUUUCUUUAAAACAUAUUAACAGGUGAAUAGCGUCACGUGACCUAUUUUGCUUUAUUACUAAUUAAAUUAACACGGGAGUCAACCAUUCCUACCAGAUUCAAGCGAGAAAUGAUGAUACAAUAGCAAAAAUACUGUAUUUGAUAUAAUUAUACUGUGUGGCAUUUCGCUAGCCCGAUUUUAGUUUUCUUUUCUUUCCUCGACUCGACAGUAAGUGGUCACGUUACACAGAUAUCUAUUUCUUACGUUACCUGGAAAUCAAGGUUACCCGUUUUUUCCGAGGUUGCCAAAUUUUGGAAGGUUCUGAUAAAUUUUCACAAAGUUAUCACCCUUACAGGAUUUUAUGCAAAUUAGCCUCAGGCCAUGCCUUAAUAUGCUUGAGUUGUUGUUUUCUACUAUAGUUUCUUUUGUAGCGCCAAUCGAUUGCAUUCGCACGGCUGCACGUUUCAUAAUUUUAUGAUCAAGUUUCUUGUGGUUGGUUGUAUUGUUCGCCAGUCUUAAUUUUAUUUUAAAACUCUUUCGUUAGGCUGAGAUGACCGUUAGAGAACUCCAAAAUGAGCUACUGGAACUUAAAAGGUCCUCUGCCUCUAAUACUGUUGCGGCGGCUCUCUUGUCACUACAGCAGGAGCUCGCAAAGCCGCCGCCGGUGUUUGAUCCUUAUAGAGCUCUGGCAGGGCUCGAGUCUUUGGUGGAUUUAGCUCGGGCGGGACAAAGCGGAUGCAAGAACCAAACGGUUUAA